AUGGACAAUGAACAGAGAAGAGAAAAAGACAAACAAAAAUUAUUCUUAAUUAACGAAGAAAUAAAAAUCUUAGAAAAAGAAAAAGAAAUGGAUACGAAUUUUAUGAUAGAAAUCCAAGAUAAAAAAGAAAUUAAAAAAAGAAUAAAACAAAAAUCAAAAACAGUCUCAGUUAAUGAUAAAACAAAAAAUAACAGUAAAUUAAUUAAUAAUCAGGUGAUUAAUUCAUUAAAUUCAUUAAUUUUUGAAUUAAUUAAUUUACCGCUAGAAUAUAUUUUAAUUAACUCUAAUAAGAUGGUUCUGACAGAAGAAUGGAAGGUGUCCCAGCUGGAAAAGGAAGUGGUGAAGAAUCAAAAAUACGUUAUGGAUUUAAUUAGCAAAAAACUAUUCUUAGAGGAAAAAACUGUAGGGAUAUUUCCAAAUGUGGAAAUUGCCAAAAGAGGAAUAACAAAAAGCAAUCAAAUCAAAAGAAACACCCUGAAAGAGCUAAUUAGUAAAAUAUCCGGGAAACCAGAUUAUUUCCCAAUAAAGAGUAAUCAAAAUGUUCCUAUAAAACAAAACAACAACCAGGAUCCUGACCGUUAUAAAAAUAUUCUUAACUUAUUCUCAUUAAUGCGUGCGAAUAAGAGCAAAAUCCGUUAUAAAAUCCAAAGCAAAAAGUUUCAAAACCAAAAUCACUCUUCUCACAAUAUUUUCAUUGAGAAAAACAAAGACGGAAUACCUGAACUAAUUAAAUAUAAGAAUAAUAAGGCAUUAGUUAAUGAAGAGAAAAACAGAAAGCAAGGAAAAAAUAAUAAUAACACAGGAUAA